AUGCAGCAUUGUUUGGCUGUGAGGCAUUAUACGGGACGAACUUUUCAGGCUUUAUGCCACAGAAGAUUCUCCUUUGCUCGCCAUCUACAGCAGCAGCAGCAGCAGUCUCUGUAUUACUCUGGCUGUCACUCUGCCGGUGGUGCUGCGCUGUGUAGCACGAGGCGAUGGGUGGCUUCUGUGGGGUCAUCGACGACUGCGCCAUCCAGCAUGCCAAUGACAGCGCAGCAAAUGUCGUUGGAGACGCCGAUGGCUGCUGUGGCAACGCCGGAGGGUUCUCUCCCUGUGACCUACACGCCAGGGUCAGGCCCAAACGGUGCUCUCACGGCUCCAACGACAGCCAUUACGGGUCAUUGCGAUGUGUUGUCGGAGUGUCUUGCCAAGGCCGAUGAAUUGGCGUUGCAGCUAAAGGCGCAGAAUGCGCUCGGGGCAAGUGCGGAGAUUUUGACGCAGGAGGGGAUGGAAGAAUUUGUGGAUGAGCUAAGGGCAUCUGCGACAAGUGAAAUGACGGCGCUUGUAGAGCAAAUGCAAAAGACACCGCUUUUGCAGCACGCUGGUAUGCAUGAGCUGCGCCGCACACUUUACUACGCCACCUCUUUAAAGGAACGAGACUGGCUAGAGGAUCCAAAGUACAUUGCCGCAAUGCGCAUGUUAACUGUAGAACUACUAAGACGUGACAAUGAUGGAGUUCUUUCAGCGGACGAUGUCUUGUACGUGUCUACGCAUAUUGUCUCGUCAAAUUUUUACAACCGUCAUUUAUGGAACCGAAUGGAAAAGGCAAUGCUUAAAUUUAGUAACUAUGAAAACAUAGAUAUGGCCUCUAUUAAGGCUUUUUCAACGAAACUCUUUAAAACACGGCGUGGCUGUGCAAAGGAGACAUUAGACAUUCGUCGAAAAAUUUUAUUGGCAAUGUCACGUCGUGUGGGAGUUCUUGCUAACGACUUUGAUCUCCCGUCAUUGUUAGGUAUCUUGCAGUGUUAUACGGUUCAUGAUCUAACGCCAUUUCAUUUAGAACCCCUUGCGAUACGUGCAACAAACCACGUCAAUGACUUUACUCCACAUGAGUGUGCAACAUUGUCCCACGUACUGCGUAAAUGGCGCACUAUGCGACUGGAAGUGUGCGAGCGGCUUGUGGAGCGCAUAUGCACUGCCGACCAGCUCACACACCAUAUGGCGAACGCCGCGAUGGUAAGCAUACGUGCCUGCUACGCCAAGGUGAGUGAUGGUGGACGUAAUGCCAUGAAUGCCGAGCCCACACGUCAAAAGCUUCGUGCUAUGGGCGAACAAGUGGGCUCUCGUUUGGAUGAGGUGGAAUACCCCGCACUGCCCGUCAUACUCAGCAUUCUUGAUGUUAUUGUCACACUAAAGAUUUAUGUGCCCAAGAAGAGUCUGCAGACUAUCUUUUUGCAGGCCAAUGACAUGUUGGCUGUGGUGAUGGAGCAGAAGGACGAUCUUGUGGAUCCAAAGACCGGGAAACGUGUGCGUUUCAUCACAGCCGAGGAGGGACGUCAGCUGCAGGCAUUACUUUCACAUUACGGUAACGAUCUUGCGCCGGAGUUGGCGCAGCGACUGAAGGAGGCGUUCCGAGAGGGCAUGCUUCCAGAUGAGGCUUCAUUGUAA